AUGGCAGGUGCCCGUCGAAGAAAAGCAGAGCCCAAGGGCAAGAAGCCAUCUAAUGAUGAGCAACUCAACGAAGAGAUUCAAAAAGUCGUUAGUUCAAAGGACGACAUCUACCUCGAUUCUGUAGCAGGUAUCGAUCCUGAGAUUGUUGGCGGUGAAGAUCACACAUCUGGUGCUGAUAACGGCCAGGGUACUGUUGAUGUUAAUGGUCCUGAAGGAGCUGAUGCCAAUGAUAACGUCAAUGUUAAUGUCAAUGAUGUCGAUGUUAAUGUAGAUGUUGGCGUUGGUGUCGAUGGAACCGGUAAUGGUGCUAACCAGCAGAACGAUUUCUCAGUGUUGGCUCAUGAUUCCCAUGGUCAUCAUUCAGGAGCUGGCACCAGUGCUGCUGAGCAGUUUGCUGCUUCUUACACCAAUAGUGCCAAUGCGGCAGCUGAAGACGCUGCACUUCUAGCGGCUCGUUAUCAAGCUCAACAAUAUGCUUCACAGUUUGGUCAACAUGCUGGUGCUACUACUUCUGCUGAGGAUGCUGCUGCAGCCGCUGCUGCUGCUACCUCAUAUAUGCAAUUGGCAUCGGCUGCUCAACAGAGCCCUGCCAACAUCGAAGCCGAUACCAAACCAUACAUUAACUCGAAUGGCACCUCGUCUAAUGGCCAUCCUCCUCAUAAUAUGGUUUCUUUCAUGUCCACCGAGCGACUGUCAAAUGCUUCCAAUGUUGGCAAGCGUCGAGUCCGUCUCGGAUGGUCAAAGCAAGAAACCGAGUACCUUAUGGAAGGAUGUAAAGUUCACGGUGUCGGCAAUUGGAAGAAGAUUUUGACUGACCCGAACUUCCAAUUCAACUGCCGUACUGCCGUGGAUCUUAAAGAUCGGUUCCGUACCUCGUUCCCUGAGGAGUAUGGCAGAUUAUACCCCAAUGCCAAAACACACAAGGUCAAGAGAAACCGUAAUAGUAACAACAGCGGCAUUGCUGAAAUGACCGGCAUUGACGGUGAAUACAAGUCGGACUCUCCUUUAGGUGGAUCUGGUCUGGUGAAAAUCAACCGUAAGGAACGUCGUUCGUUUACUAAAGAGGAAGACGAGAGGCUCUUGGAAGGAUUCAACAGACAUGGACCUGCCUGGUCUAAGAUCCAAAGAGACUCUUCGUUGCAAUUCUAUGAGCGUAGAAGUACCGAUUUACGUGAUAGAUUCAGGAACGCUUUCCCUGACAAGUAUACUCAGGCCGGAUACAAGGGCCGUGCUGGCGACGGAACUGGUACUCGUAAGGGAGGCAACAGUGCUAGCAGCAACAAUGCUAGCAGUACUGCCAGUCACAAUGCUGCUGCUAAUGCUUCUGCUGUUGCAGUUGCUAAUGCCGCAGCCGCUGCCCUGCCGAUUCUUCACGAAGAGACUGCCAACGCCGGUGCCAGUGCCGAAGCCCAGCUUCUCAACCAGCGUUACAACCUCCAGCAGCCGGCAAAUAUAAUGAUGCAGCAUGGAAACCAGGGUCAGAAUUUCAACCCCAACUUCCAAAACGCCAUGUACUAUCCCCAGGCCUCCGGUCUACAGGCGGGUAUUCCCCAACUGUACCGUGGUUCCAACGGCAGCCAAGGUUCAAAUUGA